AUGGCAUCCCCGCGGCUGGAGACGUUCUGCUGCCCGAACCGAGACGCAACGACAGAGUUCGUGGUCACCUUCCAGCCCGUCCUGUUCGGGGCGUUGAGUCUGGGGAGCGCGGUUGUGAGCCUCAUUUUCGCUAUUUUACAGAUUCUGCCAAAACGCAAGGGAUACAGGAGAAUCGGACAGUAUCCGCUGCCAAGGCCCGCGUCCUCCUCCCGGAUAUUGUUCAUCGUCAGUAUAUGUGACAUACUGGGAUGCACAGGUAUCAUUGUAAGGUCAUCUGUGUGGUUGGGCCUGCCAAAUGUCAUUGACCGCAUCUCAUUGACCAACAGCACUGAUGUCUGGCCAGAGGUCUUCUGCGUUGGCAGUGCGAUGUGGAUCCAGUUGUUUUUCAGCGCCUCUUUUUGGUGGACUUUUUGUUACGCUGUUGACGUCUUCUUGGUGGUGAAAACAUCUGCAGGGAUCAGCACCAUUAUCCUCUACCACAUGAUUACAUGGGGUCUGGCUGUGCUGCUAUGUGUUGAAGGAGUGGCCAUGCUCUAUUACCCAUCCAUUUCUGAUUGUGAGCAAGGCCUCCAGCACGCUAUCCCUCACUAUGUCACCACAUACGCACCGAUGCUGCUCGUCCUCAUAGCCAAUCCAGUCUUCUUUAAUCGCACCAUAUCUGCAGUGACAUCUUUACUAAAAGCACGACAAGGAAUCUACACAGAAAAUGAGAGACGGCUGGCCAAUGACAUAAAAAUACGCUUCUUUAAAAUAGUGCUGGUGUUCUUUGUUUGUUGGGUUCCCAACAUCAUCAAUGAGGUCCUCCUCUUCUACCUGGAGAUGCAGACAGACAUAAACGAUGACAGCUUCAGGAAUAUCAGAAACGCAGCCCUGAUCACAUGGUUUAUCAUGGGUAUCCUGAACCCCAUGCAAGCUUUCCUCAACACCCUGGCCUUUCACGGCUGGACAGGCUUCGAUGUAGACCUCCGGCGGCAGCCGAGGAGGGAGCUGGCCUGGGACUCAGUUUCUACUUCAGUGCCUAACGCACCAACUCAUAAUCCCAUGGUGGGAAGUACGCUGCUCUACCAGAGUCAUGUCCAGGAAGCCAAGAAGAACAUGAUGAGCAACGGACAGCACCACUCCGAUGCCAUCAGUGUCCUCUCUGAAGGUUCAGAGUCUAGUACAAUUGAAAUCCACAUUUCCAGCGAGCUUCGAGACUAUGAGGAUGUAGAUGCUGAUGGCGAAUCCUUGGAGAACUCUGUGAGGCACUAGCUGGGGUGAUCAACAACCCUCCUCCCUCUACUUUUCCUGUGUGACAUUGUUUUUUGUAGUUAAUAUUGUUUUAGAUAGUCUUCUCUUAGCCUCUAUUGUCCAGUUGAGACUUUCCCAGAUAUUAACUGGUCAUGAGAUUUCAUUAGUUGGUACGACGGAAUAAGUCUAAUUCCUGAAUCCAAGCCUUUUUACUUCCUAAGCUUUUUAAAUCUGUCUGCAGUGCAGAGAAGUGUUGAAAUACAGACCCAUCAACUGUACAGCGGCUGUACAGUCCCAGAGCUACAGCACUGUCUCUUGUAGCACUCAGUCCAAGGAACAAACAAGACAUGUCCAUAUUAAAAACUCACAAGCUGCCCUUCAAAAGUGCCUGGUGGAAAAAUUUCUCCUGGCAAACUCACUGAAUUAGAUGCACAUUGGUUUUGUGAUAAGCACUCUUGUCAAUAAGCUCCCAAAGCACAACAGAAUGUAAUAAGCUAAUUAGUGUUUUUUUUUUUUUGUUUGUUUUUUUUAAACGAAGUUACUG